UCAAGACAUCAUGCCCGGCUACCAACCUCAGAAUUACAUGACACAGCGGCGAAAGUCGUCUGUCCUCAGCAACUCUCAAGACCACCUUUGGGGCAUCCGCGCAAUUCUCGCAGUGCAGAGUUUCGCCUGGCUGUUUUUCAAGGUCUUUGAUCCGACGCUGACAGUGCCGGCACCGACGACGACUGGAGAACACGUACCCAACAACGCACCAUCGACAGUGCCUGGUGUGUUUGGCGGUCCUGGAAUUGUCGCUCCUGGUGCUGGUUCCGGGAUAGUGGCUCGCGAUCUGUAUGCUCGCGACUUGUAUCCUCGCAAUCUCAGUAUGUCAAGAUCUCCUUUUUCCUUCCAAAUCAUAGAGUGGACGAUGGGAGCGAGCGGUGCGGGGCAACGACGAAGGAGCACAAUUUGGCGGAGAAACAUCGGCAAAAGGCGGCAGCAGCUCCGUCCUCGACAUCGUCUCUCGAUUCCGAGCAUCUCAUGGCAGAACUUCUGCAGCUCAAAGCAGAUAGUUUUGCAACAGCAUGACGCUUGGGACUGUAGAUGGGUGAUGAAGCUGAGAUUGUGCCGAAUAACCCCCAUGGGCAAGGGCCUAUGGCUUGCGACUUCCAGAUUGAAGAAGCGACCGACCCACGUCUUGUCCCAAAAUUCGCUCUGCAGAUGUCCGCUUGCUCCGCGACAUCCCGACCAUCCAAGAAAUCUCCCCCACUACCAAGUGCUCCUCCGCAAGAUCCUCUCACCCCUCCUCUGGGAUGAAUCCUUCAUCUUCUGUUUUUUCAUCCUCUUGUCAGCCCGCACAGUCGCCAUCUCAUUCCUUCGCGAUGCGAACUCGGCAACUUAUGCACGUUCCUUGAUCGCCCGCCCCAUCCGCAUGGGCAUCCCUCUGGCCAUCGGCCUCGCCAUCUCCUACACCGUCUACAUCUUCAUGGUCGUCUUGCCUUACAGCAGACCAUCUUGGCACGUCACCGGCCUCUUGAUGUUUGCAUUCGGCUCUUGGUGGUUCAACAGCUGGGGCUGGUACUCAGCCACCGGUCUCUUCCUCGCUGACGUUGCUGUCAAUCCUCCUUUGCGUACUGCCAUGUUCCGUGGCUAUGGCAAUGAAAGCGGCAGUGUAAGAAUUCCUUACUGGUCUUUGGCUGUUUUGAUGCUCGGUAUCGGAACCGGACUCAAGUACAUGUGGACUGCAGGCUUGGACAACCUGUACUGGAGCGGCGAGUCGCAUGCCCAUCCCGCUCGCUACCUCGGUGGCAGCAGUUUCGGCUACUUUGACGGCACCCAGCCUUAUCCUCGUAUGGACAAUUGGCUGGUCAUUGUUGGUAUUCUGCUGCUCGUCGAGUUCAGCGAAGUCACCAAGAGCAUCCUGUCCAGCAAACCCCUCAAGACUAUCGGAAGACGCUCGUUGAGCUACUUCCUCGUUUCUACUCUUCUCAUGUACACCGCUGGCAUCAAGCUCUUCCUCUACUGCAACGUCUCGGCCGGACUCGGCUCUGCUGCAGCAAAGGCCGUUGCUUUCUUUGUCGUCUUGCCUGCAUCCAUCAUCUGCGGCGAGCUGUUCCACUGGGCCAUUGACAAGCCUGCCGUAUGGGCUGGCCAUGCAGUCUUUGACUGGACAAGAAAG